ACUUCAAACUCUAAAGCGUUACUAGAAAUGGAAAUGGCGGAGAAGGAAAUAUCGGCAUAAAAUUUAGACCUGCAAAUUUUUAAAUUGGUUUGGCCUAAGCUUUAAUUUGAGGUAGUUUUACUUCGACAAGUUAAUUACCACCGUUAUUUAAUUUUACAUAUGUAUAUGUCUCGGAUUUAUUUGCUGAAACUAAUGUAAACAGUAAAAUUGCAUGCAUGUAUUUACAUAUCUACAUAUAAUAUUCGUAUUUAAAUUAGGUACACAGGUUUUUUACCAAAUAAGUAAUGCUAACGUACUUUUGUAUACGUGUUUGUCUAUAUACACACAUACUUGCAUAUGUUCCAGGCCAUUAGAACAGAUAUUAUUAUAUUACAAAUAUCGAGAUACAUAUAUAUAUACAUACCUAAAUGUGGGUUGCAUGAAAUACUUGACCCAAUUCUAUAAAUUGAGCCCCUUGAGAAACUGACUAAAAGAAAGGGACUUGAUUGUUGAUUUAGAGCAAUUUGACUAAUAGGUAAAAUGAUACAAGUACACCCCCUACCAGCUACACCCACAUAUUCCACUUUUCCUCUGUGUACACGUAACCCACAUACGAAUUGGAAGAAACUUUCAAUUACGUGAUGAAUUAUUUGUAAUGUACGUCUAACCAUAAUGGAUCUAAGAAUAAGUUUGUACAUACACUCCAGUAGUCAACAAGACCAAUUUAUGUAGAACCUCAAUGGAUAAAUAGCUUAAUAAAUAUAUACAUGUACACCUUGUUAAUGAUAUUUGUCAGCAAUUUGUUAAUGGAUUCAAAUUGAUAUGGGCAAACAUGCAAGUAAUACAUAUGUACAUAAAAAGAAUUUAUGAGUAGACUGUACUUUCCGUACAGAAAUAUCAUGCAUCUUGAUAGUUUCGAAUACACUUUCCGUUCGUACAGGUCGUUCAUAAUACUCAAGCAAUUGAGUAGAUUAUAUGUAAUCUUACGGAUUAAAUUAGUAAAAUUAUCAGUGGCAUAAUAAUGGAUCUAGAAUCUCAAAAAAUCACUACAGGCCAAGUUCAAACCCCUACAAAACAAUCUUUCCACACAAAUGGAGCACUCUACCCUCUUCGAAUUUUACAACUUUGCGGAUUUUUCCCAAUUUCGAUUUAUCGAAGGGACACUUUAUCAUUAACACUGCGUUAUUCAUCCUGGUACCGGUCACCCGCUGCUAUUUGGCUGAUCGCGCUAAUCCUAAGUUCCAUCGGACCCAUGGUGGCAGCCCUGUUUCUUGCCGUCAAUCGCUUCAAAACAUCCAUAUCCGGAUUCGUAAAUCAAGGGAGGAAUACUUUCCUAGUGUUGAACGUCACGUGGGGAGCGGGAUCUGUCAUUUGCCCGUUAAUUUCGAGAAUAAGUUUGUUGCAAGAUAGGAAACGUCUUAUUUCCUUUUGGGAACAAUUUUGUAAAUUAUGCGGGAAAUUUAAAAAGUUUACGAACUUUAGAAGAGGCAGGAAACAUGCAAAAAAUCUUAAGUUGAGAUGGGCGCUACAUUUUGUGACACAGUUGGUAAAUUCUUCGGUUGAAAGUUGGAUUUACAUCAGUUACGGAUUAAAGGGCGCUGGAGCUUGGGAUGGGAUCGGGUUACUCGGUUCUCUGCAAGAUUGGGCUUUUUCUAUUAACGCAAUUUUGUCCUGUUUUGCGUUUCAUGGAAUGAUCUACUUCGUGACGAGUUAUGAAUUUUUACUGGACGAAUUAUUACUAGAAUUAAAGUCAGAGAAAGAGAAUUAUCACGAUAAAAUAAGUAAUCUUGUCAAGGACUAUAUUUCCUUGGAUGAAAAUGUUUCCGAGUUUUCAGAAAUGUUUGCAACAUUCUUGAACGCUCAAGUAUUCCAUAGCUUUGUGUAUUUAAUUUAUUGUGUCUACUUUAUCCUGGUUGCUAUGAAUGUACGUGAUUAUUUGAUGUGUUUUUUAACGAUUUCGCAAAUUGUUAUAUUUUCAAUAUAUUUCUAUUGGUUGGCCAGUUCGGCAAGUGGUUUGGAGCAGAAGAGUAAAAAGUUUUGCAAAAUGGUAAAGUAUAGUGGGAGCGAUGAUGAUAAAGUGAUGGGAAUCAAGGCGAAAAUUGCACUAGCGAGAUGGUCAGAAAUUGAGGAGGCAUGCAAAUUUAAGGUUGAAGAUCAAUCCAGCCUUCGAGUGACACUGGAACCCUUGUCCAUUGCAAAUUCUGUGUUGACUUUAAAUUUGAAACUUUUCGCAUCGAUGAUUGCAGGGAUUAGCACGUAUUUAGUUGUGAUUGUACAAUUUCACUCUGGAGACCCUUCAUAAUUUUGCAAAUUUGCUUAAGAAUCUAAUUAAUUACUUAUUCGUUGAACAUGUCUUUAUUGAUUACAAUUUGUUGGAAAUUUUUUUGCAUUCGUAAUAAAUUUAUUUGUCAAGUCCAA